ACCACGCCCAUCACCGCCUGGCCUUCCUUCUCUACGGGGUCGACUUCCGGCGUGGUUUGUCACGUGCCCGGAAGUGGGAAGUGGUGGCGGAACGGCUGCUCCCUGGUCACGGCUAAAUUGACGGGCUCAUCCUAGUAGCGGUGGCCGUCGGGGCCUUGUCCUGUCUCCGUCUUGGAGGACCCGCCUCGGCACAGCCGGGCUCGGUCCAGCCUUGUGGUAAGCCCUGGGCCGCGGCUGCCCGGUAGUUCCGUCGGCGCGGAGAGACUAGCAGACAGGCGGGCGCCAAGGUCUGAGGCAGCGUUUCAGCCCAGCUGUUGGCUCCGCGUCUGGGGUCGGGUACCUCUCACUCUUCUGGCCUCCCUUUCGCCCCGUGUCUGGCUGAUUAAAAAUGACAGCAAUCAAGCAUGCGUUACAAAGAGAUAUUUUUACACCAAAUGAUGAACGCCUGCUGAGUAUUGUCAAUGUCUGCAAAGCAGGAAAAAAGAAAAAGAACUGUUUUCUGUGUGCCACAGUGACAACUGAACGCCCCGUGCAGGUGAAGAUGGUCAAAGUCAAGAAAUCCGACAAAGGAGAUUUCUACAAAAGGCAGAUUGCUUGGGCCCUUCGAGACCUUGCUGUGGUAGAUGCCAAGGAUGCUAUUAAAGAAAAUCCUGAAUUUGAUUUACAUUUUGAAAAAAUAUAUAAAUGGGUUGCCAGCAGCACUGCUGAAAAGAAUGCAUUUAUUUCAUGCAUUUGGAAAUUGAAUCAGCGAUAUCUCCGGAAGAAAAUUGAUUUUGUCAACGUUAGCUCACAGCUCUUGGAAGAACUGCCUAAAGUUACAGAAGAAUCUGUUCCAAGUGGAGAAAAUCAGAGUGUGACAGGAGGUGAUGAAGAAGUAGUAGAUGUUUACCAAGAGUUAAAUGCAAGAGAAGAGCAGGAUAUUGAAAUAAUGAUGGAAGGCUGUGAAUGUGCAAUCUCUAAUGCUGAGGCCUUUGCAGAAAGGUUGUCCAGAGAGCUACAGGUGCUAGAUGGGGCUAACAUCCAAUCAAUCAUGGCCUCUGAAAAGCAAGUGAACAUCCUGAUGAAGUUGCUGGAUGAGGCUUUAAAGGAGGUAGAUCAGAUUGAAUUGAAACUGAGCAGUUAUGAGGAAAUGCUCCAAAGCGUAAAAGAACAAAUGGAUCAGAUCUCUGAAAGCAACCACCUAAUUCAUCUUAGUAACACUAAUAAUGUAAAACUCCUGUCUGAAAUAGAGUUUCUGGUGAACCACAUGGACUUGGCCAAAGGUCAUAUAAAGGCCCUUCAGGAAGGAGAUCUUGCUUCCUCCAGAGGCAUUGAGGCCUGCACCAAUGCCGCAGAUGCCCUUCUACAGUGCAUGAAUGUAGCUCUUCGACCAGGCCAUGACAUGCUUCUGGCAGUCAAACAGCAACAGCAGCGUUUCAGUGAUUUGCGAGAGCAUUUUGCCCGGAGACUGGCCAGUCACCUCAACAAUGUUUUUGUUCAACAGGGUCACGAUCAGAGUUCAACUCUUGCUCAGCACUCUGUUGAACUGGCUUUACCCAAUCAUCAUCCAUUUCAUAGAGACUUGCUUCGAUACGCCAAGUUGAUGGAGUGGCUGAAGAGUACAGAUUAUGGAAAAUAUGAGGGACUAACGAAGAAUUACAUGGAUUAUUUAUCACGACUGUAUGAGAGAGAAAUUAAAGAUUUCUUUGAAGUUGCAAAGAUCAAGAUGACUGGCACAACUAAAGAAAGCAAGAAGUUUGCUACACUGCCUCGAAAAGAAAGUGCUGUCAAACAGGAAACAGAGAGUCUUCAUGGAAGUUCUGGGAAAUUAACUGGAUCCACUUCUAGUCUAAAUAAACUCAGUGUUCAGAGUUCAGGGAAUCGCAGAUCUCAGUCAUCUUCUUUGUUGGAUAUGGGAAACAUGUCUGCCUCUGAUCUCGACGUUGCUGACAGGACCAAAUUUGAUAAGAUCUUUGAACAGGUACUAAGUGAACUAGAGCCCUUGUGUCUGGCAGAACAGGACUUCAUAAGUAAAUUUUUCAAACUACAGCAACAUCAAAGUAUGCCUGGAACAAUGACUGAAGCAGAGGACGUAGAUGGAGGAACAUUAUCCCGGCAACAUAAUGCUGGCGCACCACUGCCAGUUUCAUCAGAAAAAGAUAUGAUCCGCCAAAUGAUGAUUAAAAUAUUUCGCUGCAUUGAGCCAGAACUGAACAACCUAAUUGCGUUAGGAGACAAAAUUGAUAGCUUUAACUCCCUUUACAUGCUUGUCAAAAUGAGUCAUCAUGUGUGGACUGCACAAAAUGUGGAUCCUGCUUCUUUCCUGAGUACUACAUUGGGAAAUGUUUUGGUGACUGUCAAAAGGAACUUUGACAAAUGCAUUAGUAAUCAAAUAAGGCAAAUGGAAGAAGUAAAGAUCUCAAAAAAGAGUAAAGUAGGAAUUCUUCCAUUUGUUGCUGAAUUUGAAGAAUUUGCUGGACUCGCAGAAUCAAUCUUUAAAAAUGCUGAGCGUCGUGGAGAUCUAGAUAAAGCAUAUACCAAACUUAUCAGAGGAGUAUUUGUUAAUGUGGAGAAAGUAGCAAAUGAAAGCCAGAAGACCCCCAGGGAUGUAGUUAUGAUGGAAAACUUUCACCAUAUUUUUGCAACACUGUCUCGUUUGAAAAUCUCAUGUCUAGAAGCUGAAAAAAAAGAAGCCAAACAAAAAUACACAGAUCACCUUCAGUCUUAUGUCAUUUACUCUUUAGGACAACCUCUUGAAAAGCUAAAUCAUUUCUUUGAAGGUGUUGAAGCUCGUGUGGCACAGGGUAUAAGAGAGGAGGAAGUAAGCUAUCAACUUGCAUUUAACAAACAAGAACUUCGUAAAGUCAUUAAAGAGUAUCCUGGAAAGGAAGUGAAAAAAGGUCUAGAUAACCUCUACAAAAAGGUUGAUAAACAUUUAUGCGAAGAGGAGAACUUACUUCAGGUGGUGUGGCACUCUAUGCAAGAUGAAUUUAUACGCCAGUAUAAGCACUUUGAAGGUUUGAUAGCUCGCUGUUAUCCUGGAUCUGGCGUUACGAUGGAAUUCACCAUUCAGGACAUUCUAGAUUAUUGUUCCAGCAUUGCACAGUCCCACUAAAACAGAAGAGAUAGAUGAAAGAAGUGUCUACUAUUUUAUGUGUGUGUGUGUGUGUGUGUGUGUGUGUGUGUGUGUGUGUGUAUGGAAAGAAAAGAUUUAGGUGCUAGGUUGCCCCUGCUGCUUUAAGUCAACAGACUGGAUAGGAGGAGUGGGUAUAUGCAACUUCCCUUACCUGUGUAACUAAUAACAUGAGACUUCCCCUGUUCCAGGUGGUCGCUUGGCCAUAUGUGCUAACAGGGACAUGUGAAAGGAAAAACAGCAAAUUGAGUGUCCCAGAAAGUGAAAGAUAAAUGAAAAAAACACUGGGUACACCAGACACUAUUCGAAAUUAUCAAGUAACUGUCUUGAGAACCCAGACUUGAACUUUAUGUAUUAUUAAAUGUCAGGUAAAUGGGUAAUACCAUACUACAAAUAUUCAAGAACAAAAGUACCAAUUUAUGUAGCAGUUUUAUUUACCCAGUAGGUUGUGUACUAACUUAAAGCAUUUCUCUCAUCAUAAUAUGCCUUUAGCAUUCUUCUGUAACUGAACAGAAAGUUUUCUUUUAUUGCCUAGUUUCUUGUAUUUGAGAAUAGUUAUCCUGUGUGUAAUGCAUUGAAAGUUCUUCAGUUUUCACCAAUUCACUAUUGCUUUCAAAUCAUGUAACUACUAAAAUAUUGUACAGAAUUUUUCCCUCUGUCUAACUAAUGUGUAUAUGGACAGGGAUCUUGUGAUGAUCAGUUGUAGACUUAGAUUUUGAGGAUUAUGUGACUCUGUGUAGCAAUGAAUCUGAAAUAAAGACAUUUUCAAAAAAAAUUUUUUCAGAAAAGUUAAAAUUUGGUAAUAUCAUUCUUAGAUCUGUUAUUUGCUAUUUUUUGUAUAAAAGCAAAUUCUUAUAAAAUCAGUAAACAAAAAUUACAUGUUCAUUUACCAUAAAACACUUAAGAGUAUAAUAAGAAAAAUAAAACCAUUUAUAAUAGCAUCAAAAAUAUUUAGUAUUUAGGACUAAAUCUAACAAACCAUUGUACUAUUAACUGAAAUGUGUCUUCUCAGAAUUCCUAUGUGGAACCCCUAACCAGCAUCCCCUCCCCCCCGCCAGAAUCUGAUUAGAAAUAAGGCUUUAAGGAGAGAGAUCAAGGUUAAAUGGGGUCAUAAGUAUAGCGCCCUGAUCCAGUAGAAAUCGUACCCUUGUAAGAAGCCACCAGGGCUCUUUGCCAUGUGAGGACACAGCAGGAAGGCAGCCAUCUGCAGGCCGGAAAGAGAGCUCACAAGAACCCAACCAUGCCAGCACCCUGAUCUUGGACUUCCAGCCUCCAAAAUUGAGAAAAUAAAGUUCUGUUAGUUAACCCACUCAGUCUAUGGUAUUUUAUUA